AUGUCGGAUGGGGUUUCGGGCGGACGAGGUGGAAUCCAUGGUGAAUCGUUUGGAGAAGAGCAGGACACGCAGCCACAUGAUGGCAAGCAUGCGACGUCAAGCACACCCAAUGCGGUAGAAGACUGGAUCAGGAAUCACGUCGGUGUUUCUUCUCCUGGGGCGGCCGGACAACACGGCGUCGCCGACGUAAUGAAAGGGGCAGUGCAUCAGGCUGAAGGUCCAUGCGCAGGAAGCGGCGGGGCCGGCGAAGAAAGGGAUGCGGAAGCCAGGCAGGGUGUCGAAGAGGACGAAGUGCGUCGACGAGUCGAUGGGAGGGCAAGCGGUCCUUUAUAG